CUAUAUUUGAUUUACAGGGAAGGGAGAGAGCUCUGUGCAUCACCCUGUUACUAGGUCUCAACUGUGAGGAGGAUUAUCGAGUGAAAGCAGCGUCCGUCAGGGCUCUAGGGGUCUUUGUACUCUACCCCUGCCUUAGACAGGAUGUAUUGUUUGUGGCUGAUACUGCUAAUGCCAUCUUGAGUUCUCUUCAAGACUCAUCAGUUAACGUGAGAAUGAGAGCUACAUGGUCUCUUGGCAAUCUCAGUGAUGCUCUGCUUAUCAACCUAGAAUCCGAGGACGAUGCCUUUGUAUCCCAAUUCUCAGACUUGUUGCUCCAAAAACUGUUUGAAGCAGCGAUACAGGCAGCAGGUGAUCAUGAUAAAGUCAAGUCGAAUGCAGUGAGAGGCCUAGGCAUGCUAGUACGCUUCAUGCAACCUCAUACAUUAGCUAAAUCCAGUUUUCAGACUCUCAUAGAGAAAGCUGUGAUGGCUCUGCUCAAGAACAUCAAUGGAGGUGCUGUCAAGGUGCGAUGGAAUGCAUGCUAUGCUCUAGGGAACAUGUUCCGGAACCCUAACCUUGGCCUUGGGACGGCACCGUGGGGGUCAGAGGUCUAUAGGUCACUCAUUAAGGUCAUCACAGAGUGCAAGAACUUCAAGGUGCGGAUCAAUGGUGCCCUAGCGCUCUCCAUCCCAUCCAAGAGACUUGAUUACGGUUCCAUCGAUCAGUUCACCAGGGUGUGGUCCUGUCUGGUCCAAGCCACUGCGGUCAUCGGUCAGGUGUCAGAGAUAUCUGAGCUGAAGUACAGAGAUACACUUCGAGAUCAGUUAUGUCAAACCAUAAUCCACCUUGCCCUGCUGGUUGACGGAGAUGACCUUUCCGACCUUAAUCCCAUCAUGCAAGGCAACGUGGACAUGAUGCAGUCCAACAUCCAGAAGUUUUCAUCCACGAGCAGUACAGCCUCCGCUGGACAGAAGCCGCAUGGGAACGAUGUUGCUCCAGUCAGGGAACAUCUCAGCACGCUGGAAGACAUCCAAGGUCUGGAGCCCGGAGCCAGAGAAGCUUUGGAGAUGCUGCAACAGGUCUUUGUUGCCAUGACGACCGAGGUGAUGCUGGAUGACACCGAUCCCCAGAGCAUGAGUUCGGGAGGAGGGAUUCCACUGGAUUGAAACCCUGUUUACAUUGCCAUCUUAAUUGGUUCUCUCUGUCUCCAAAACUAAUUUUGCAAGAUGUGUUUCCUCUGAUGGGCACUUUUACAUUUGAUGUGACCCUGUUUAUAGUUGAAAUACUACUCUUUGCACUAGGGAUCUGGAUUAGCAUUUGAGGGUCUGUAAAUCAUGGGCUCCGUGUUGAAAGUAUUACAUUUUAUAGGUCCAGAAUUAGAAUUUGAGGGGGGAGGGGGGAGGCUCACAGUGAUGUUACAUAUAUUCAUUAUUCAUGGGAAAUAAUCAACCAUUUUUAGUCCAAACACGUAGUUCAACACAUCUCAUUCUUGGAUGGGAUUUGCCACUACGGCACAGAAGGGUUUAAAAAGUGCAAGGACUUCUGGGUUAUAAUAUAUCGAAUGCAAGAUUAAAAUGAUUGUGUAUGUCUCUGAAAGGCUUAGGAAUAUGGAUUAUGUUCCUGAUGAGCUUAACUUCAUAGGACAGUGUUUUGAUAUAUGUCUUAUGUGCAGUACUUAAAACAAUAAAAACUAUUCCCCAAUCCCUCUCUCUCUCCCUCUCUCCCUCUCUCUCCCUC